AUGCCGGGGGGCAAGAGAGGGCUGGUGGCACCGCAGAACACAUUUUUGGAGAACAUCGUCAGACGCUCGAGUGAAUCAAGUUUUUUACUGGGAAAUGCCCAGAUUGUGGACUGGCCUAUAGUUUAUAGUAAUGACGGUUUUUGUAAACUCUCUGGAUAUCAUCGAGCUGACGUUAUGCAGAAAAGUAGCACCUGCAGUUUUAUGUAUGGGGAACUGACAGACAAGAAGACCAUUGAGAAAGUCAGGCAAACUUUUGACAACUAUGAGUCAAACUGCUUUGAAGUUCUUCUGUACAAGAAAAACAGAACCCCAGUUUGGUUCUAUAUGCAAAUUGCACCCAUAAGAAAUGAACAUGAAAAGGUAGUCUUGUUCCUGUGUACUUUUAAGGAUAUUACCCUGUUCAAGCAGCCAAUAGAAGAUGAUUCUACAAAAGGUUGGACAAAGUUUGCCCGAUUGACCCGGGCUUUGACAAAUAGCCGAAGUGUUUUGCAGCAGCUUACUCCAAUGAACAAAACAGAGGUGGUCCACAAACAUUCAAGAUUAGCUGAAGUUCUUCAGCUGGGAUCAGAUAUUCUUCCUCAGUAUAAACAAGAAGCUCCAAAGACUCCACCACACAUUAUUUUACACUAUUGUGCUUUUAAAACAACCUGGGAUUGGGUGAUUUUAAUUCUUACUUUCUACACCGCCAUUAUGGUUCCUUACAACGUUUCCUUCAAAACAAAACAAAACAACAUAGCCUGGCUGGUGCUGGACAGCGUGGUGGAUGUUAUUUUUCUUGUAGACAUUGUUUUAAAUUUCCACACGACUUUUGUUGGUCCUGGUGGAGAGGUCAUUUCUGACCCCAAGCUCAUAAGGAUGAACUAUCUAAAAACUUGGUUUGUGAUAGAUCUGCUGUCUUGUUUACCUUAUGACAUCAUCAAUGCCUUUGAAAAUGUGGAUGAGGGGAUCAGCAGCCUCUUCAGUUCUUUAAAAGUGGUACGUCUUUUACGCCUGGGCCGGGUUGCUAGGAAGUUGGACCAUUAUCUGGAAUACGGUGCUGCUGUAUUGGUACUGUUGGUAUGUGUGUUUGGACUAGUCGCUCACUGGCUAGCCUGCAUUUGGUACAGCAUUGGGGAUUAUGAAGUCAUUGAUGAAGUUACAAAUCGCAUCCAAAAUGAUAGCUGGCUUUAUCAAUUGGCCAUGAGUAUUGGAACGCCUUAUCAGUACAAUACCAGUACAGGGGCAUGGGAAGGAGGACCCAGCAAAGACUCACUGUAUGUAUCCUCGCUCUACUUUACCAUGACAAGCCUUACCACGAUAGGAUUUGGAAACAUAGCUCCAACCACCGACGUGGAGAAGAUGUUUUCAGUGGCCAUGAUGAUGGUUGGCUCUCUCCUAUAUGCAACUAUUUUUGGAAAUGUUACUACAAUUUUCCAGCAAAUGUAUGCCAACACCAAUCGCUACCAUGAGAUGCUGAACAAUGUUCGGGACUUCCUAAAACUAUACCAAGUCCCUAAAGGCCUUAGUGAGCGAGUUAUGGAUUAUAUUGUCUCUACGUGGUCCAUGUCAAAAGGCAUUGACACAGAGAAGCGUUUUUAUUUGUCUGGUUUUUGCACUAAAGAACAACUUGAGAUCAUUAAAGAUAAAAAAAAAGUUGCUUUAAUUGGGAAAGGUGAUGUGUUUGGAGAUAUCUUCUGGAAGGAAACCACCCUUGCCCAUGCUUGUGCCAAUGUCCGGGCAUUGACAUACUGUGACUUACACAUCAUCAAACGGGAAGCCUUGCUCAAAGUCCUGGACUUCUACACAGCUUUUGCAAACUCCUUCUCCAGAAACCUCACUCUCACUUGCAAUCUAAGGAAAAGGAUUAUUUUCCGUAAAAUCAGUGAUGUGAAAAAGGAAGAGGAGGAGCGUCUUCGGCAGAAAAAUGAAGUAACCCUCAGUAUCCCAGUGGACCACCCUGUCCGGAAGCUUUUCCAGAAGUUCAAACAGCAGAAGGAGCUAAGAAAUCAAGGAUCAACACAGAGUGAUCCAGAAAGGAGCCAACUUCAAGUGGAGAGCCGCUCCUUACAGAAUGGGGCUUCUAUCACUGGCACCAGUGUGGUCACUGUUUCUCAGAUCACACCUAUUCAGACUUCUCUGGCUUAUGUGAAAACCAGUGAGUCCCUAAAACAGAACAACCGAGAUGCAAUGGAACUGAAGCCAAAUGGCAGCACUGACCCAAAGUGUCUCAAAGUCAACAGUCCCAUGAGAAUGAAAAAUGGAAAUGGGAAAGGGUGGCUGCGACUGAAGAAUAAUGUGGGUGGCCAUGAGGAGAAGAAGGAAGAUUGGAAUAAUGUCACAAAGGCUGAAUCUAUGGGUUUAUUGUCAGAUGACCCUAAAUGCAAUGACUCAGAGACCAGUGUGACCAAAAACCCAUUAAGGAAAACAGAUUCUUGUGACAGUGGAAUAACAAAAAGUGAUCUCCGUUUAGAUAAAGCUGGUGAGACUAGGAGCCCAUUGGAGCACAGUCCUAUUCAGGCUGAUGCAAAACAUCCCUUUUAUCCUAUUCCCGAGCAGGCCUUACAGACCACACUGCAGGAAGUGAAACAUGAACUCAAAGAUGACAUUCACCUGCUAAGCUGCAGAAUGACUGCCCUGGAAAAGCAGGUGGCAGAAAUUUUGAAAAUACUCUCUGAAAAGAAUAUUCCCCAGACCUCUUCUCCCAAAUCCCAAGUGCCACCUCAGGCACCUCCCCAAAUACCCUGUCAGGAUAUUUUUAGUGUUUCAAGGCCUGAGUCACCUGAAUCUGAAAAAGAUGAAAUCCACUUUUAA